AUGCUUAGAACUUUGUUUUUUGUUUUUGGCCUGGUACAUUGCACUCUAGCACACCACGGGGAGCAUUCAAAGAAAUGGCUGACUCUGGAUGGGGCGGAGCCUCUUGUGAUAGCUCGGGGAGGGUACUCGGGACUGUUUCCUGACUCAAGCCAAUACGCGUUCAAGUUUGCAAUCUCGACGAGCUUGCCCAAUGUGACUUUGUUCUGCGAUCUGCAACUCACAAAGGAUGGCCGGGGAAUCUGCCAGACGAGCUUAGAACUUGGCAACUCAACAACGAUCGCCCAUGCCUUCCCAGAUGCAAAGAAGGCUUACAAUGUCGAUGGGAAGAGUGUUACCGGAUGGUUUGCUUUGGACUAUGCGUAUGAUCAACUAAGUCAAAAUGUGUCAUUUUCCUCAUUCUACAGGCAACACAAACUGGAUCCUGCAUCUUAUAUCCAAAAGAAGUUAACCGAAACAGGGAUAAAUUACAUCUCAUCACCCGAGAUUGAUUUCUUGAAGAAAUUGAAUGAACAACUUGAUACAACCAAGACUAAGCUUAUUUUCCGGUUCAUGGACAAGGAUUCAGUGGAACCCACGACCAAGCAGACAUACGGCUCAAUCCUCAAAAAACUCUCUGACGUCAGGUCUUUUGCCUCUGGCAUUCUUGUCCCGAAAGAGUUUAUAUGGCCUGUGAACAGAGAAAUGUAUUUGGAGGCUGCCACUUCUCUUGUUGCUGACGCUCACAAGCGUGGCCUACAAGUUUAUGCCUCCGGUUUUUCCAAUGACAAUCCUGCAAGUUACAACUAUAGCUACGAUCCAACCACUGAGUAUCUCCAGUUCAUCGAUAAUUCUAAGUUUUCUGUCGAUGGGCUGCUCACAGAUUUUCCUUCCACUGCUUCAGAAUCAAUUGCUUGCAUAGCUCAUCACAAGAAUGCUAGUAGGCUUCCAAAGGUGAGAAAGAAGUUGUCUUUUGUUCUGCUUUCUGAAAAGUUGAGACCUUUGAUCAUUUCACAUAAUGGAGCUAGCGGGAUAUAUGCAGAUUGCACCAAUCUUGCUUAUGAACGAGCCAUAGAAGACGGGGCAGACAUUAUUGAUUGCUCGGUUCAGUUGUCCAAAGACAGAGUAGCCUUCUGUUUGGGUUCAGCUGACCUGUCUAAAGAAACAACUGCGCAGACAGCUUUCUUGCCUCGAUCAACCAAUAUUCCUGAGAUCCAGAAGGAAGAUGGAAUUUUCUCUUUUGAUCUCACCUGGAACGAAAUUCAAACACUAAAACCUGAGCUAAGCAGCCCUUUUCAAAAAGUUGGCCUGAGAAGAAACCCUGCAAACAAGAACAAGGGCCAUUUCAUGACCCUAUUUGCAUUCUUGGAGCUUGCACGGACAAAGGCAGGACUGGCUAUCACAGAUGUUGUUGCAGAAGCCUUGAGCAAUGCCACCUUUGACAAACAACAGACUCAAAAGGUUUUAAUCCAAUCUGAUGACAAUCAAGUUCUGCUGAAAUUUAAAAACAACACCAACUACCAGAAAGUGUUGUUAAUUAACGAGGAUAUUAGUGCUGCCCCGAACGCAACAGUGCAAGAGAUCCGAAAAUAUGCUGAUGCAGUCACUCUCAGGAGAUCCUCCAUCAUAACAAUCUCUGAUUCCUUUGCCACCGGCUUCACCACCGUCGUGGACAAUAUGCGUGCGGCAAAUCUCUCGGUGUACGCCUUUCCUUUCAUGAACGAGUUUGUCAGCCUGAUGUUCGAUUACUUCUCCGAUCCCUUGGUGGAGCUUGCCACCUACCUUGACCAUCCCGGGGUCGAUGGAGUAAUAACAGAUUUUCCUGCUACUGCAAAUGCAUACCUCAGAAGCCCAUGUUCUGACCCAAAUGCCAAAAGAUCGUACUCCAUCUUACGCGUGAAGCCUGGUGCCCUGCUCGAAUUGGUCCCGCCUGAAGCAGCGCCACCUGUGACAGCCCCUGCACCGGUACUCAAUGUCGCAGAUGUGGUUGAUCCGCCGCUGGCGGUUGCAUCCAGUGCCUCUCUAACUGACCGGAAACCCAAUCAGGAGAUGCCAAAGUUGCUAGCUGGGGUAUUCUGGUCGGAGUCCUGUUGCUUGGUCUAA